AUGUCUGAGGUACAGACUCGGCCUGCCGCUUCGCGCGGCAGAGGUUCUGGACGCGGUGGCAGAGGUGGCUUCGCAAGCCGGGGCGGUCGCACGUCGACCAGACCUAAUGGCGACAAGUACGACUCCAAAAUGGAUGCCGACGACGCGACUUCCUUCGAGGACCAAGGCGAGCUCGGCGAGCUCAAGAAGCAGUACGGAUCCAAGGCGCCCCUCAUCAAGGAGCUCUUCCCCGAUUGGUCAGAGCAGGAUAUCCUCUACGCUCUUCAAGAGACGGAUGGUGACGAGAAUCUUGCCGUCACUCGCAUUGCUGAAGGCACCAUCUCUCAAUGGGGUGAGGUGACGAAGAAGGCCCCCCGCUCCAAGGCUAAGGACUCGACGACCGCAGCCUCCAACAUCGACUCAUCCAGCGCCAGACCUGCCCGUGGCGGACGCAACGUCGCCGACGCUGGUCGCGGCCGCGGCAGAAAUGCCGACAGAGGAGGCCGCGGUGGUGGUCGGGGCAGGCCCUCAAACACAGCAGCCCCCAACGGCACCCGGCAUGCCAAGGACACCGCUCAGCCGCUCUCCGUCCCCACCGAGGAGUCGAACGCAUGGGAUACCCCCAAGACAGACGUCAAGGACGCGCCUGCCGAGGACCCCUGGGCCCCCAAGGAGACCACCGAGAAGCCUGUAGCUCCCGCGACCGAAGCCCCCAAGCCUGCCGGUCCUGCUCCCAAGACGUGGGCCAGCAUGCUCCGUCAAACUGCCGUCCCCAAGCCCGCCCCGAAGCCCCCCAAGCAAGAGCCCGCACCCAAGCCCGCUGAGCCCAUCGAACCUUUGCCUCCUGUCGCUCCCGCCGCCGAACCUACACCCGAACCUGAGACCGAACCGGAGCCGCAGCCCGAGCCAACUCCCGAACUUCCCGCCGAACCAGCUCAUGAAGAACCAGCCCCUGCAGAAGUACCAACCGUCAUCGAACCCGAAGUGGCUCUGCCGCCAUCCAAGGACCAACUCACUGAGACGAAUCUUGAACAGGUUGUCGACGAAUCGCAUCCUCCCGCUACUGCUACUGUCGCGAGCACUGCCGCCGACUCUUGGGAUCCUCGCCUCAAUGCUGCCAGCGCUACCGCGACCCCGAUCUCGGCCUCGCAACAGCAACACCAGCCCAUCCGCCCCGCUGUUCCCACCACGAACAGCGGAUUCGCCGCUUCCGCCAUCAAGGCCACCACCGAGCGAGGAUCCCGUACUCCGAGCUACCAACGCCGCGUUCUUGACCAGGAGGAAGCCGUACGCAUGCCUGGCAACCGCGAGGUUGACCGCGCUGCCGUUCAGUUUGGUGCUUUCAGCCUGAACGAGGACGACGACAUUGAUGGUGAUCGCGAGGAGCCCGAGACCAGGACCCAGCCUCCUGCCGACUCCCCCGUUGCCCAUCCUCGCACUUCUCUCCCCCCUGCUCCCCAGCAAGCUCCCGUCCCCGAGGCCAUCGGCGCCCAGAAACCCGCCCCGGGCCUGCCUCCUCCUGCUACGGCCGCUGCACCCACUGGUACAAGUGCUCCGACCGGCAACGUCGUCGACUUUGCUAAUGCCCCCUUCGCAGGACCCGCAGGCGCUGCUCCCCAAGCCCCCGCUGCUCAGGGUAUGUUCCGCAUCACAUUGGCGCCGCAGCCUGGUUCUCUUCUUACUGACCCGCCGCCUCCAGUCCCCCAGCCUGGUGCUGCCCCCGCCCAACCCUACUCCCGAUUCGGACAGACCGGCCCUCAGGAGCCGUCGUCGUUCCCCCAGAAGUCAAUCGACCCUUUCACCCAGCCGAACCAGCCCCCCUCGGCUUCCCAGAGCCAGUUCGACGGCUUCCCCAACCAGCCGUCGCAACAGAACCAGCAGCCCGGCGGGGCUUUCAGCUCCGCGCCCAGCGAAUACUCUUCCUACUACACCGCCGACCAACAAAACCGCCCUCCUUACAACUACUACAACCAGCCCUACGGCCAGCAGGGCGCUCAGGGACACCAGGACAGCGUGUCUUCCCAGCAGAGGUCUUUCGGCGGCUACAAUGCUUCGCAGGCUGAUAACCUCAGCCAGUACCCUCAGAGCGGCGGUCUCCAGAACCAGUCUCGCUACGGCGGCGUCACCAACGACGCCCAGAACAGCGGGCACACCACCCCGAACCCCACCGCUCAGAGCCAGCAGGCGGCCAGCCAGGCCUCGCAGCCUCAGUCUCACGGCCAGCAGAGCUACCCUUACAACAGCCACCCCUACUACAACAACGCCUACUACUCGAACUAUAUGAACUACGGUCACUACGGCCAGGGAGGAUACGGCGGCGCUCCCUACGGCAAGGGAGGCGUCUACGGCCACCCGUACGGAAUGUCGCCCCAGGGCCCCUACGACCACGCCUCGUCCCCUGCUGCUGGCUUCGGUCAGUCUUCUCUGCACCGCGCUGACAGCGGUCUGAGCUCCGGCCUCGCGGGCGGCGACUUUGGCGGCCGCGCCGGUUCCGCUCAGUCUGGCGCCCAGCCUGGUCUCGCCGGCAGUGGCUUCGGUGGUGUUCAGGACACCUUUGGCCGCGGCUCUUCCUCGUACCAGAGCCCCGCCGGACAGGGGUUCAACAGCACUGCCCAGCCCAACAACACCGCUUCCGCCAACGACGAUCUGAAGCCUUUCGGCGACGGUAAGCCUGGCGCGGGGCCCUCGCCUUCUCUUGGCGGCGCCCGCCCCGGCUCGGCCACCAACACCGCCUCUGGCCAGACGGGCUUGCCCCCGCCCCAGUCCGCUUCUCAGAUGGGCGGUUACGGCGGCUACCCCAGCCACCUGCAGGGUCACGGUCUCCACGGAUCCAGUGGUUACGGCAUGGGAGGAGCCACCACCGGCCAGCAUGGCAGCGCCCCGUUCGGCUCCUACGGCCAGCAGCAGCAGGGCGGCUACGGCAGCGGAUACUACGGCAGCGGCAACCAGCAGCAGCAGCGCGGCGGCUGGGGCGGAAACUACCACUAG